AUGACGACCCCAGCCUCAACCCCAGAUACACGGGCUCUAGUGGCCGACUUUGUAGGCUACAAGCUGAGGCAGAAGGGUUAUGUCCGAGGAACUGGCCCAGGAGAAGGCCCAACAGCCGACCCGCUACACCAAGCCAUGCGGGCGGCUGGAGAUGAAUUGGAGACCCGCUUCCGGCGCACCCUCUCUGACCUGGUUGCUCAACUACACGUGACCCCAGGCUCAGCCCAACAAUGCUUCAUCCAGGUUUCUGAGGAACUAUUCCAAGGAGGCCCCAACUGGGGCCGUCUUGUGGCAUUCUUUGUCUUUGGGGCGGCCCUGUGUGCUGAGAGUAUCGACAAAAACUUAGAGCCAUUGGUGAGGCAGAUACAGGAUUGGAUGGUGGCCUAUCUAGAAAUACACCUGGCUGACUGGAUCCACAACAAUGGCGGCUGGACGGAGUUCACAGCCCUGUAUGGGAACAGGGCCCUGAAAAAGACAUGGUGUCUACAGGAAUGGAACUGGAUGGCAGUAAAGACAAUACUGAUGGGGGCCGUGACCUUGGGGACCAUGAUAUCUGUAGGGGUCUUUCUUACAUUGGUUUUUCUUCAUCCACGCUGGUGAACUUUUGUUAGAGAAAGGGUAAAUGCUGUUCAGAUUUUAGUGUUAUGCCAUCGAUAUCAAACUUUAGGUCAGGAAAA